AGUCUUGGUAAGAACCAUUACACGAGUUUCAACUACACAGUCGCUGGCGGUCACUGAGGGUGUACAUGCUACUAAGCGCUGAAAUACGGAAAGAACGACUAUGUCUUCAAACACAAGUACAAAUCCUUUUACUUUGGGCGACCAUUUCUGUUUUAAUAUCAUCUCCCGCCGUUGACACCUACCAUUUCCGCUCUAUUCCGACCACGCUCAAACGCUCCUCCCGUCAACACCAUCACGUGCACCAAGACGAAACUGUCUUAAGACAUUCAGAAACCAUAACACACGGUACCCUAAGUCUCUAUAGGCGACCAAGAAAGGGCAUUGUGAGUGCGAAUUUAUGCAUUAUUGAUGUCAAAGCACAUGGACCUUCCAAUGCCGGCCAACGAAAGUACCGAUGGGCGAAUCCAGCAUCACAUUACAUAACACAUAGUUAACACAGUUGCGUUUACAUCAACUGCCGAGUACCCAUGGCCAGUACAGGAUAUAUGUGACGGCAUAAAGAAAAUCGCGGGACAAUCCGCACUUGUGAUUUGCUGCAUAGAUUUAUCUUUUGGAGAUGGAAAAAUUGCACCAACUCCUCGUUUCAUGCUUGUCGCAAGUAGGCGACGACCUUGAAAUACUUGUUGUGCCCCCGGCUA